AUGAUAGAUGCUUUACUUGAUAAGCUAAAUAAUAUUCGUAAAAAAAAUAAUUUAAAAAAAUUAGAAUGGAAUACCCAGUUAAUUAAUGCCGCAAGUAAAGAUGUGAAAGAAAUUUCUUUAACUAAUAAAUUUGCUGAAAAUAAUAAGCCUAAAAAUUUUUAUGAUUAUAACCAACAAUAUUAUAAUGCCAACAAUGAAAAUGAAGUUGUAAAUGAAUUAUUAAAAACAAAUGAAUAUAAAAAAAUUUUAUUAGAUAAAAAAUAUAAUCAUUUUGGUGCCUCUUUUAAAAAUAGACAUUGGGUGUCAAUUUUUGUAGAAGCCGCAGAAGAAUAUGUUAAUUAUUUGGAUAGAAAAAAAAUUUUUGAUCAUAUUGAUGACACGCGUAAAAAAAUUCCUGGAAUAUAUUGGGUAGAAAAUCUCGGUCAAUAUUAUGAAAGUGAAAAAGAAGCAAUUCAAGGUUGGAUGGAAUCAGAAGGACAUAAAAGACAAAUUAUUAAUAAAGAUUAUAUUUAUUUCGGUGCCGCAUUAAAAAAUGAUACUUGGGCUUUCGGCCUGCGAACUCGACUGGCCCCAUGGCUUAUAUCCUACUAUACUGAUUGCCGUACCCGACGCUCGCCGCUUGGGCACACUUUCAGUGAAAGUGUCAAAGCUUUUUUUUCUGCCGCAACAUUUGUUACGAUAUGCCCUGAUGCCUCGAUGGCAUGA